GCCCCCCUGGACCGUGAGCAGUACAGCGGGGUUCCCCGACUCUUCAGAAUGCCGCUCGUCAGAGGGCAGCUGCUGCUGCUUCUGGCCGUCAUGAUUGUUGCAUGCAGCCUGCGUACAGGUGUCAGGGCGCAACGGAUGCCGCAACACAGCGGUCAGCAUGACGACAGGGAGGACAAGUCCGCUUCAGACCAGACUUCGCGCGCGUUCGCCAGGCGGUUAUACAACCUGCAGAAGCUCCUGGAGUUCGAUCACGGACCCUUACGCGGGUGGACCUCGGCCGACAAAGGAAUCGCCCUGAUGGACUACUUCGACGACAUGGAGGACCGCAGGGUACGAGAACAGGUGGUGCAGGAGGGUUCAGGAAAUGCGGACGGUAGCAGCGACACUGAGAUGUGCACACCUUGGCUAACACAGGACCACGUGCUGACCCGCCUGCUACAGAGGUACUGCCUGCUGCCUACUCAACCCUCGACGUGGAGCGUCACCGGGGAUCUACGGCUGUGUGAGAUUCUGGGAUUCAGCCGGCCGCCCUGCACCGGGUACAGCGGCAGCUCAAGCUCAGGGGCUUCCCCCGCAGGGCUGAGUGCAGACCGUGAGGACGCGACGACGCCAGACAUCAGAGCGUCUGGCAGUCACCUGGAGCAUGCGCACGGCAAGAGGACAGAGGACAGACAGGAAACAGCCCACCAACAGCACAGAGGAAGUGACGGACGAGUCCAGACGGAGGCAGAAGGUGCGCAAGCAGAAGUAGCACAGGAGGUCCCGAAACAUAACUCCGGUGUCCGCUGGAGUAAGAAGGCCACUCCCUUCAGCAUCCUGGGAACUGCCAGACGUCGGGCUUUCAGCAGCUGGGGCGGGAAGCGAGUCCCAGGUUUUCACAGCUGGGGCGGCAAGAGGUCAAUAUCGUUUCCUCUUCUGAGCAAAGAACGUAGCUGGGGAGGGACGACAGACGUCCCGCUUACAGUGCCAGCCUUCACUACUUUGGGCAGCAAACGACUUCCUGCUUUCAGCAGUUGGGGGGGAAAAAGAGAUCCUCCAGCUUUUAUUAUCCUGACCAGCAGGGAUGGAAAGACAUUUGACAUUUUGGACAGUAAAACGGAACCAGAAAGAGACAUAGCAUUCAGUAUUUCGAGCGGUAAUGGCGACCCUGCAGUUAACAGUUUGGCUAGUCAGCACUACCCAGAAUUUAGUAUUUCAGGAAAAAACUACCAGGCAGCACCUGCAUUCGGCGCUUCGGGGAGCAAGCGAGAUAGCGCCUUUAGUGACGAGGGUGGGAAACGGGGCCCGGCAUUCUAUAGUUGGGGCGGCAAACGGGACUCAGCUUUCAAGCCUUGGGGUGGAAAGAGGAAAGCUGCAUUCAGUUCUUGGGGUGGGAAAAAGAAUCUGGCGUCCAGUAACUGGGAUGUGAAGACAGGACCUCCAUUUAGUAGUUUGGACUAUAAGGGAGAAGCCGAAAUACCUGAAUGGGAACGUAAACCUGAAGUUACUGAAAGAGGAGCUCUGUUAUCUGUCUGGGACACAAAGAAGUUCAUUGAUGGCAAUGGACACGAGAAGAGACAUGUCUCAAGUUGGGAUGGAAAGAGAAGCAUGGCAAAAUCUGAAGAACUUGAGGAAAAUCACUCAGGAAACGGUACUGUCCACUCCAACGAAAACGAAGAUUCACGCGAAUCGGACGAAAGAGAAAUAAAAGACGCCAAUGCACAAUCCUCGUCGGCGGAAAGGCACCAGAGACUUCUUGAUGAUAAAAUUCAGUUAAGGACUGACAACAAUAACGAAGACAACGGAUAUUCUGAGGGAAAUAUGGCGACCUCUGAGUCGGAAGAGAGGAAACAGAAGAACCAAAAUACAGAGCUAAGUGGGCAGAAUGCAGUAGACGGUCGUGAGUUCGACAGCGCCGAGUUCGCAAGCUUCGUCACGAAGCGUUCAGUGCGACCUGAGAACGGAAAGAACAGAGUGGGCAAAGCGUUCAGCCCUUGGGGGGGCAAGCGCAGUCACGCCCCCGCAUCGCUGUUCACCAUUCUGGGAAGCAUGCACAGACCGGACAGUCCAGGGUUAUUAUCCGACUUUUGGAGCAAACGAGGAGGCUACCGUAACGUCUUUCUUGCAUCUAAGAAGUGGGACCCAUCUUCAGCUGGGGCUGUGUUCUCCAGUUGGGGAGGCAAACGGCCAGUUAAACUUGCAGGACAAAAUACGCUUAAGAUACCUCCUCAGGGUACUGGCAGGCAGUUUCGAAGGGGAGCUGAUUUUUACUCGUGGGGUGGAAAGCGUUAAAAACAAGUUAACAGCCGCCAAGUGCGCGCCCCUCCAAGUGGCGUUCCACAAACGGUUAUGGCAUUGCUAAUAUCGCAUCCUUUUGACAACAUCGCGCUGUACUCAACAGGCCAUGAAGUUAAUAAAUGAUUCUCCUGACUUUGUUUA